AUGUGUGGCAUCAGCUGUAUCAUCAGCCUCGAUCGCGCCCAGGGACACGCGGCCAACUGCCUCGACGAUCCGAAGACAUUGGCAAAGCAGCUGAACGAUAGUCUUGAGCUGAUCAAGCAUCGUGGUCCUGAUUCGAGAGGCCAAUGGAUCAGCUCUGAUAACAAAGUUGCUUUUGGUCACGUCAGGCUAGCAAUCAAUGAUCUUUCGCCCGAUGGUGCUCAGCCGUUUCACAAUGAAGACAACAAUAUCCAUGCAGUCGUGAAUGGCGAGCUCUACGACUACGAGGCUAUUCGUGCAUCAUUGAUCGAGAAAACAGACUACAAGUUCAAAAGUCGCAGCGAUUGCGAGAUCGUGAUUGCGCUGUACAAGUACUAUGGAUUGUCCUUUCUGAGUAAAAUUCGCGGAGAGUUCGCGUUGUGCAUCUAUGACGCACGCACUCAACUGUUCAUUGCAGCGAGAGAUCGUUACGGGAUCAAACCGCUGUUCUACACCUUUGUCGACAAUAAGCUGUUAGUUGCUGCUGAAUCUAAAGCCUUCUUGCCACUGGGUUGGAAGCCGGAAUGGGAUGUCGCAAGCUUGAAAGAGGCAGGAUGGAAUCAUGAUGCUCGCACCAUCUUCAAGGGCGUCAGAAAAGUCCGCCCAGGCCACUACAUCACCUGUCAGUCCUUCGACAAUAUCGAGUCACGACCGUACUGGGAUAUCGAAUAUCCCUCUAAGACUCUGAAAGAGCCACGAUCCGACCAAGAAAUGAUCGAAGGUGUCAGAGAGCUAAUGCUGGAGGCAAUUCGCGUGCGUCUUCGAGCGGAUGUUCCUAUUGGCGUCUACCUGAGUGGCGGUAUUGAUUCUUCGGUCAUCGCUGGUAUGGUCACUCACCUUGUGAAAGAGCAAGGCGAACGAAUGGGCAACGACAAGGAGCCUGAGCGCAUCAGCUGCUUCAGCAUCGGUUUCGAUGAAGACAGUGGCUUUGACGAAUCCGCGAUCGCGAACAGAACCGCCGAUCACCUCGGCGUCAAGUACUACAAGAAGCACAUGAAAGAAGCCGAGCUUGCUGCUCGCUUCGAGGAUGCUACCUGGCAUUGCGAGCACCACAACCCUGAUCUCAACUACGUCGGGAAGUACGCACUUUCUGAAGUGCCGCAAGAGCUUGGCUUCAAGGUUGUCUUGACUGGUGAGGGCGCAGAUGAACAGUUUGGCGGCUACCCAAUGUACCUGCCGGACUACCUCCGCGAAGCAGACCUCGCAUACUCGCCGAACCCACUUCCAGAAGAUGUUAGAAAGGCACAAUGCAUUCAAGCUGAUGAAGAGGCCAGCGCGUACUACGAAUCAAUCGGUGCAGACGGUGCCAAUCGCGGCCCAUCACUACCUCGGCGAAUGCUCAACGACAUCACUACUGUGUCUUCCAUGACAGCUUUUUCCGCCGAUACGCUGUUUGCAGACUGGACUGCCUGCUACGGGGCAUGCGACCCGCAGCUCACCAUUGCGAAUAACGUUGAUGGUCGUGUCAAAGAUGUGAUGAUGUACAAGUGGCAUCCGCUCCACACCGCACUGUAUGUGUGGCAGAAAGGCCAUCUGUCCAACAUCUUCUUGUCAUGUUUGGGUGACAGAACAGAAAUGGCACAUUCGAUCGAAGCUCGAACACCCUUCCUCGACCAUCACUUGACUGAAUACGUCAACGGUCUACCUCCGAGUGUGAAGAUUAGGUGGGACAUAGAAGAGAAGAGGUUCGUGGAAAAGUGGAUCUUACGAGAAGCAGGUAAGCCCUUCAUUACGGAGGAGCUAUACAAGAGGAAGAAGCAUCCAUAUUCUGCCCCAACUACAUAUCCAGAGAACGGUCCUCUGCAGAAGUUGCUCGCCAGGUUGCUCACCAAGGAUAGAGUUGAACAACUCGGCUUCAUUGCAUGGAACAAGGUCCAAGACCUUGUUAACAAAGCGUUUAGACAGAAGGAUGCGAACGCAAUGCGCUUUGCGUUCACUAUCGCUCAGUGGGUUGUCAUUGGAGAACGCUUUCAGAUCAAGAAGGCAGGGCCGCAAUUAGUGGAACGUCCUCAUAUCUCAUGA